CGCCCGCGGCCCGGGCUUUCCGGCCUCCCACACACCGCGAAGCUGUUGUGGCCUCGGGCUCGGCUGCUCCGCGCCAUGGACCCGGCGCUGGCCGCCAGGAUCGGCCAGGAGGUGGCCGACAAGAUGUUCCAAUACCGGCGAGACGCGUCGGGCUGGAAAAUUUGCCGGGAAGGCAAUGGAGUGUCAGUGUCCUGGAGACCAUCUGUGGAGUUUGCAGGGAACCUGUACCGGGGGGAAGGCGUUGUGUGCGGGACCCUGGAGGACGUGUGGGACUGUGUCAGGCCAGCUGAAGGGGGCCUGCGAGUGAAGUGGGACGAAAAUGUGACCGGUUUUGAAGUGAUUGAGAAAAUUACUGAUACCCUGUACGUGAGCAGGACCUCCACCCCCUCAGCUGCCAUGAAGCUCAUCUCCCCCAGGGACUUUGUGGAUGUGGUGCUGAUCAAAACAUACGAGGAUGGGACCAUCAGUUCCAACGCCAUCCACGUGGACCACCCUGCAUGUCCCCCGAAGCCAGGCUUCGUGCGAGGAUUCAACCAUCCGUGUGGCUGCUUCUGCGAACCAGUGCCAGGGGAGCCUCUGAAGACCAACGUGGUCACGUUCUUCCAGACCGAGCUCAGCGGCCUCCUCCCCCAGAGUGUGGUGGACUCUUUCUUUCCCCGCAGCAUGGCCGGCUUUUAUGCCAACCUCCAGAAGGCCGUGAAGAAGUUCCACGCCUGACGCUGUCCGUCGCUUCAUGGCCAAGAACUCCCACCAUUCCUCAAGGCACUCCGGGUGCUGGGUUCCAGGAAGCCCCGAGGCACCCAAGGCCCGAGUUUGUAUUUUAGAAUCUGCUGACGGAUAGUAAGACC